CCCGCGACCGUCGAGCCAACCGGUCUGGUCCCUCCACGCGCAAGGAAGAAGGUCGCGAAUCCCCUUCUCGCCUCAGCCUCUUCCUCUUCCUAGUUCUUCCCCCGGAGGAAAAAUCUGAGCACACUCUCCAUCGCAGAGGGCGGAUAGGGCGGUCCGGUCGGCGCGACCAUGGCUUACGUCGAGAGAGGUGUUGUGAAAGACAAACGGACAAUCUGGCGGUUAAGCAUAAUUUCUGACUUCUUCAGGGCUAUUGUGAAUUUCAUCAGAAUGUUCUUCCUGACAAUGUUCUCGAUUGAAAAAACAGACAGCUAUAGGAAAGGGUAUGGCUCUGGUAAGAAAUGGGAUGGUGGGCCUGGUGGGGGAGGUCCUGGUGGUGGCCCAUAUGGGGGCGGCGGCGGUGGAGGCGGCCCCCGAGGUCCUCGGACGCUAUCUGACAUCCGAUCUAGCGACCACAAUUCUCUCCCUGCUUGUGGAUCCUGCUGCGGUUAACCUCUACAUCUGUCAUUGUGACUGCUGAACUAUGGAUGCGAACGACUCUAAAAUCCUUUUGAUGUCAAUUGUUUAGGAGCAAGUCUGGAUUCUGAAAGGUUUGAGAACGUAUAUAGUCUUUGCUGGUUAAGCAGGACAUAAGAACACUUGUUACGUGUUCCAUCUUCAGCUUAGAAAAUCAUUUACGCAUUGUGACAUUGCCAAGACAGGAGUCUAAUUUAUACUCAGCACAUAUUAUGCAGCUCGUUCUUGACGUGAUCUACAUGUUGCAUUCAUCCGUUCACUAAACCUGUAACGGUGAGUUUAUGCAUCUGUCUAGUCA